CUUUUAUAUGGGAAAUAAUCAUGUGCGAAUUGUGUUUGAAGGUUUGGAAAUUUGUUUGAAUUAUUGUAUACAUUAUUAAUAAAUUGUGUAUCAAACAAAAAAAUGCAAUCGAUAAGACAUUUGGUGUACGGAUUUCGUCCGAUUGGUCGACAAUCAUUGUGGAAUAGUAUGGACUGUACAAAACGAUUGAUGUGUACAAGUGAUGCAAAUGGAAAAAGUGUUGAAAAACCACAAAUAUCGCUUGUUGAUAAUCCACCGGCAUUGGAUAAAAUGGUACAAAACCAUGAUUUUCAAAUCGAUUGGGACAAAGAAAUGCAUUUAAUUGAAGUUGAUGAACAUGAAUGCAGAGGUCGAUCAGUGCUGGCACCAGUCGAUGACGAGAGUAAAAUUUAUGCUGAACCAAUGCUACAACCAACUUUCAAUCUUGCUGCUUAUGUACAGAAAUCGGAGACAUUGCAACAACUUUUAAAUUUGGGAGUGAAUUUACAUCAAUUGGAUAAAUCACUGCAUACUGAAUUCAUUGCAACUCUUGAUUUCCAACGUGACAUCUCACCAUACGUUAUGUUCUUUACAAAAGAUGUCGGUGUUUCAGUCGAACAAAUGGGCAAAUUUCUCACAAAAAAUCCCGAAAUUUUGAAACGAAAUCUAGACGAUAUUCAAGUACGCAUUAACUAUUUGCAAUUAAAACGAUUCAAUCAAGAUGAAAUUGUGCAAAUUAUUACGAAAAAUCCAAUGUGGCUAAAUUAUCCAACGCGGGAAAUUGAUGAACGACUUGGUUUUUUUCAAAAAGACUUUGAUCUUAUCGGAAAUGAAGUUCGUGCACUUGCUGUAGCUUGCCCCAGACUGAUUACACACGAUAUGCAAGAGAUUAGAAAUAUAUCAUUUUCAGUACGAGAAGAAUGUUGCUUUGAGAAACAUGAAGUUAAGAACAUUCUUUUGAAAUGUCCGAAAUUUUGGAUGAUGCAUCGUUUUGAUUUUAUGGAGCGGUAUGAUUUUGUUUCACAUCAUAUGAAAAUUGAAAAUUCUCAGUUGGCCAUGACGCCAUUCAUUUUGACCAAUCGCUUAUUUCGAAUAAAAGAGCGACAUGGAUUUUUAAAGCAUAUUAAAAGGGCACAGUACAAUCCAAAAUUACCACUGUAUAUAUCUCUAGACGACUUGUGCAUUGGUACUGACGAAACAUUCGCUGAAAAUAUAGCAAAGAGACCGUAUGAAGAAUUUGAAAGUUAUUUAAGAACAUUGUAGAUAAUGAAUAACCAUGAAUGAAAAAUUUAAAUGAUUGAGAAAAAAGAAGCAGUUGGAGGAAUAAAACAAUUUUAUGGUAGAUUUUUAAAAUUUA